GUCGAUCCAGGUUGAGGUGGUCUGAAUGAAUGGAACAGAGGAGCUGAUGGUUGAUUGUCAGCCAACUUCGAUCGAGGCAAGGAGGGGGAAACGUGACAAACUUUAACAGAACCUAAUUUAGAGUUGAUGGCGGUGAUUUAACUUGUGUCGAGUGGUAUGGACGUAGAAUAUAUCCUGUUCCGUAUUGAACAAGUAUUGGGAUCUGGAACACGAACCUUUGCUAACAAAAAGAUACAGUGGACCUCGAGGAGAUCUUCGCACAGAUUGCAUCAACAGGUCGUUGUGUACUGCUUUGUCACGUUUAACAUCAUACAAACACUGACGCUGGAGAGGGGAAUGCAAAAUGUUACUUCGGUCAAUAAUUUAGUGCAUUAAUCGUGAUCUGAGCACCAAUUUUCACAAUUGACCCUACACAUUAGACCAAAGAGGCUAACGAGUGUGAAACGAAGCUACAAGACAAGGACACUAUUUUAGACGAGCACAAUGAAGACGUGAAGGAAUUCUCAUUAACAUCUAAUCCACGACGGAGCAGACCUGCCUCGACGAGUCUCCUGGAGGAUCGCAUGCUUAGAUGGUUCCGAGCAAGUGGACCAUGAAUUCAGUUCUCCACAAAUCACCCCCGAGGAGUUGGCUUGGUCUAAAACUACGACUCAACGAGAAGCCCCUGCAGGAGGAGGACUGGGUGGUCUGCCAGAACCCGGAGUGCCCGGAACGCCGCAGGGCCUCCAAGGUUUGCCACCACCAAGACUGCCAAGACCUGAACAGCAAAAGCCCCCUUCACCUGUGCGAGUCAUGUGACUUGCGCUUUCAUUCUGAGAACACAGACAAUAUGCACUUUGAGCGGCACCCCCGAUUUGACUUGCAACCCCAAGGCUCCAUCCUGGCCCGGAACGUGUCCACGCGCUCCUGCCCCCCGCGAACCAGCCCCCCCUCGGGCCUGGAGGAAGAAGAGGAGGAGGAAGUGCACGAGCGCGGGGAACGUAAAACCGGGGCGUUGAAGUUGGUGAAGAAGAAGCCGCGGAGACGACACACUGAUGACCCCAGCAAGGAGUGCUUCAGCCUCAAAUUCGACCUCAACGUCGACAUCGACACAGAGAUUGUACCGGCGGUGAAAAAGAAGACGCUGAGAGAGGUCCUGGGUCCGGUGUUUGAGAGGAAGGGCAUCGAGCUGGCCCGGGUGGACCUGUUCCUGGACCAGUCCAACACCCCGCUGUCCCUCAACUUUGAGGCGUACCGCUUCGGGGGACACUACCUCAAAGUUAAAGCGCGGCCGGGCGACGAGCUGAAGGUGGAGCAGGGCGUGAAGGACCUGCGCUCCCUCAGCCUGCCCAACAUGAAGCCCUGCGGCCACCAGAGCGGCUACAUCCUGGCCCCCGCCCGCGAGAAGGCAGAGCACGGCUCGCUGGGGCGGAGCGACAGCAUCGACCUCUUGGGUCAUCAGGCCAGACGGAGGAAGAACAUCACCGAGUUCCUGGGAGACUCCAACAUCCCGUCUCCGGACUCCCUGAGCCAGAUGGGCACGCCGCUGCCAGGCGUGGGGGCAGGGCCCGACAACUGGAAGAACCGCGCCGCAAGCCGCUUCAGCGGCUUCUUCGGCUCCACCGCCGGGGCCGGCGCCUUCGGCAAGGAGCUGGACCGCGGGGAGCAGCUCCAGAACAAGCUGAGCUCCUACCAGCUGUUCGGCCUGCCCAAGGUGCCGCGGCAGCUCGCCUUCCACCAGGACGCCUGGGGGGAGGACGAGGACGAGGAGACCAACCUGGCCCUGGAGGACAGCUGGCAGACCCUGCUGGACAGCCCCGAGGUGCUGACCAGGCGACAGUUCCACCAGCAGGAGGCGAUCUGGGAGCUGCUUCAGACCGAGGCCACGUACAUCAAGAAGCUCAGAGUCAUCACCGAUCUGUUCCUGAGCGGCCUCCUCAACCUGCAGGAGAGCGGCCUGCUGACGGAGGUGGACCCCACCAAGAUGUUCAGCAACAUCCAGGACCUGGUGCGCCUGCACACGGCCCUGUGGGGCCAGGUGAUGCUGCCCGCCCUGCAGCAGGCGCGGCAGGCCCGGGCCCUGCUGGACCCCGUGGCCCUCCACCACGGCUUCAACACGUUUGGCUCAAGGUUCCAGCCCUACAUCCGCUACUGCAUGGAGGAGGAGGCCAGCAUGGAGUACAUGCGCACGCAGCACCGAGACAACGAGCUCUUCAGGACCUACGUCACGUGGGCAGAGACCAAGAAGCAAUGUAACCGGCUGAAGCUGGCGGACAUGCUGGCCAAGCCUCACCAGAGGCUGACCAAGUACCCCCUGCUGCUGAAGAGCAUCCUGAAGAAGACGGACGACCCGGACGCCCGCGACCUGGUCAGCAGCAUGGUGGUCUCGGUGGAGUGCUUCAUCAACAGCGUGGACUCCCAGAUGCGCCAGCGGCAGGACAAGCAGAAGCUGGCCACCAUGUCGGCCCGCAUCGAGUCGUACGAGGCCGUGGAGGGCAGCAGCGAGGAGGUGGAGAAGAUCCUGAAAGACUUCAACCACUUCGACCUGAUGGCGCCCAUGAGGGGUACAACGCCAGACGAGACGCGGCAGCUCCACCUAGAGGGCGCGCUGAGAAUGAAGGAGGGGAAGGACAGCCGGAUGGAGGUGUACUGCUUCCUGUUCACCGACCAGCUGCUCAUCACCAAGAGCGUGAAGCGGGUGGAGAAGGUGAAGGUCAUCCGCCAGCCACUCCUCGUGCACAACGUGGUCUGCAAGGAGCUCAAAGACCCCGGUUCAUUCAUCCUCAUCUACCUCAAUGAGUUCAAGAACGCUGUGGCCGCCUACACGUUCCAAGCCAACAGCGCCACCCAGGGGCGAAGCUGGGUAGAUGCCAUCUGCAAUGUCCAGAACCAGCUCCAGAAGCUCCGGGCUGCCGAGCUGCUGCGGCUGCAGAACAGCCCCCCCCCCGUAGCCCGGGGGCCGGAGGAGGAGGAGGACGCCAGCAGCAACUCCCCCGCCAGCUCCCCCUCGCUCCGACACACAGACCAGCCGAGCAGCAGACCCUCGUCUUCUGUCAGCCAAUCGGACGGCUCGACGGAAACCCUGUCGGUGAUGGACAUCGAGGAGCUGUCCGAGCCCCCCACCCCCACCCCCACAACGGCCCUGGGCGGCCCCAGCAGGCCGCUGCAGGCCCCCGAGCUAGCGGGCCACCAGCGUUUCCACGGCAGCCUCCCCCAGGACCUCAAUCGGGAGCGGGGCCCGGGGGCCGACGGGCCGGAGCCCGACCCCCAGUGCCGCUCCCGCUCCAUGGACAGCGCCUACGGGACCCUCUCCCCGGAGUCCCUCCUGAAGGAGCUGGGGGCCCGGCCCGGCCACAGCGAGGGCGAGGACUCGGAGGAGGACGAGGGGGGGGAGCGGCGGGACGCCCCGGGAGGAGAGCCGCAGGAGGAGGAGGACGGGGAGCAGUUUAAAACAGAGGUAGAGGAGGCGCCGCGGCAUGAGCAGGAGGAGGAAGAGGAGGAAGAGGAGGAGGAGGAGGAGGAGGACUCGACCUCGCUGGGCUCCCAGCUCUCCGUGGUCCAGGCCUCUAAACCGCGGCGGCGGCCUCACGUCCUGCCCCGCGUCCGCUGCCUGCAGGGGCCCCCCGCCCUCACCGUCUCCCGCUCGGAGGACAACCUCCUGCAGCGCUGGCACGGCGGCGGGGAGUCGGCGGAGUCCCGGGGCGCGCUCGGCAGCCCGUCGGAACGCAGCCCAUUGGCCGGCGACGGCCCCCCGCCGUCGAUGGUGCACAGCCGGAGCCUGACGGAGCUGGGCCACCACAACGGCAUGGAGCUCCUGCUCCAGUCCGAGCCUGUGCCGUCCGGCGACGGGCGCCCCCCCGCCAAGAAGGUGGACGCCACCCUGAGGCGAGCGGAGGCCCGGAGGGCGGCGGCGGCGGCGCAGGCCGGCCUGUCGGACAACCCCUCGGGAGACGCGGCCACGGAGGCGACGGCGCCGCCGGCCCCCGCCUCGCUAGAGGUGAGGCGGGGGCCGGCGGCGGUGGUGGUCGACGGCGUGGGAGAGACCUCCGUGAAGAGCAGGAAGUCGCCGGGCCCGCAGCACAAGAAGCUGACUGUGGCGCAGCUGUACCGGAUACGCACCACCCUGGUCCUGAACUCCACACUCACUGCGUCGGAGGUAUAACCACUGUGGCGAAACAGCCUCCCGCGGGCCAUGAAUAAGGAGCAAACACUUCUUUUUGAGUCUCAUGUGGCUGGACUGAAAAUUCCUAUUGACACAAAUGCACUCUCUCUCGCUGCCCUCUCCCUUCCGGUGUGACCGUGGAUAAGCCGUGGGACUCUCCUUACCGUUGACUUUGCUUUGGGACGAUAACAAACCCCCUCGUUUUUUCUCCAGUUGCAUUGGUUUCCUAUUGUUUCUCUAUUGGCACAGAGGGGGAGAGGAGAGUGAGACAUUAACUGCUUUGCACUUUGUUUGAUAAGUAGCAUUUAAAGGGGCUGGAUCCUUGAUGUUGAACUGGGACCGGGGGUGGAAUACAAGACAUGAAGGUGCUGCAGGCCCCAUCGAGCGAGUUGGACAGGGGAUGCGUGAAUGAAUGCGAGAGAGGGAGAGAGGGAGAGAAGAAGAAGCCAUGGUCUCUCUGCCUCAUCCGGCUCCAAAGCCCAGUCUGGGCAGGGGGUACGUGGGGCACGGGCUGGAUGGUCAGCCAAAGCUCCCAGUCCACAUACCUUUCACACAAGUCACGGGGAAAGGGCCACGCAGCUCCCACAGUACCAAAGUACCGAAUGGCACCCACCAAUCGCUUUAGUAUUUAUACUGCUCCUCGGUCUCUUUGAGAAAAGAGAGAAUAAAUUAAUCUUGCACAAUUAUCUUUGUUAGGUAGAAGAAUCACUAAGGGGUGAAAUUAUAUUUAGAGUGACACGAUGAAUUUCAAUCAAAUUGUUUGCCGUUUUGUGUCUCCACUGUGUAUGACUGCGUGCGUGCGUGUGUGUGUGUGUGUGUGCGCGUGCGAGUGCAUGGGUUUGUGUGUGUGUGCAAGUGUGCGAACGCAUGAGCGUGUGUCUGCGUGCGUGUAUGCAUGGUUGUGCGUUCGUAUCAGUGAGUGAAAGAUACAGUCCAUUAUUCCUGACUGAACCAAAUGUAUUUUGCAUCUGUGAAUUAUUUGCUAGCAUGCCCAAAUUGAUUUGGAGGCAGACUUGGUAGCCAGUAGAAGCUAACCCAAGAGAAUAACGGUCACAGCCACCUGAUACAGUAUCUGUUUAUGUCAUGAGACGGCCACGAGAUGCAAAUCGGUCCAGUAAUUAGUUACUGGAGUUUGGUGAUGAACUGAUGACAAGUUGGUUUUGUAUUAAGCACAGGGAUGAAAAGGAGCCGUUGAAUUGACUGAUGAGUUAAGAGCGGUUCCAUAGGCUUAAUGGUGGUUUCUACUCUAUUGCCCUGGAAGGAUAGGACAACAGACACAUUAGUCCACCCCGAUGAAUUAACAUUCUCACACACUGAUAGCUUCUACAACCCAAAGGUUUCCCCAACCAAAUAGGUUAACUUUGUUUACUUUUAGUUUGUCUAUUUGAAAUAUUGUAAUAUUUAUUAUGCCUGCGCUAUCUAUAAAUAUCUAUAUCUAUUCCUAUGUCUUUAUAUAGAUAUAGAUCUAUAUCUGUAUAGAUAUAGUUAUAUAUAGUUUUCCAUAAGGAUUUUUGUUUUUGUCUGUGUAGUCUUAAUAAUUGUUGUCUCGUUUUCUCGUCAGGCUAUCAUGUACUGCUAUGAACCAAAAUGAUUUGUGGCCCCUUUCAGGAAUGUCUCUUUAAGUGUCUUACAAAAUAAAACAAAAAUGCUAAAAAUA